CAUCAGCUCUGUAAACAUGCAGACGGAUGGACAGACACGCUGACGGAUUUAACAAAAUGAAUUUACUCUGAGAGACAGCAGCAGGGGGAAAGAAAAAAAAGCUUUGCGUUAAACAGUGACAAAAUACGCCGCGCUAUUUUAAGCCCAGGAGUCUCGGCUUCAGAAGCGCUACGUUUGGAUGAAGAGAUCACUUUCGCCUUGUUUCCCAGUCAGCAUCAUCAUCAUCCUCAUCAUCAUCAUCAUCAUCUUAUCAUCAUCAUCAUCAUCAUCAUCCAGGCAGCCUGUCUCUGUAGAUAGGAUUCCUCACAGCAAGAUCGACUAAAACAACUCGUACUGAAACGCAUCUGAUAUCUGCUUGAUAGAGGUUUUCAGUUAACAUGAACAUAUUUGGAGUUUGGCAGUGAGAGGAAAACCUACAGGAGAGGGAAAUACAGACUGUCCACUGAGCACUACACGACACGCCAAUCAAGGAUUUGUGUCACCUUCUGAUCUUCUCAUCAUCAGGACUUCCAUGCAUGAUUGCCAAUGUGACCAACCCCAUGAGGACAGUUCUGGGAAAUGGAACGUAACAGACUUUUCUCCUUUGACCUUUGCCACAUCACAGCAACCUGCCAGGGCUGAGAUCACCACUGGCAGCACUUCACCCUUGUCUUUGUUCUCCUCUCUGUCCCUUCUUUUCACCUGACCCCUUAUUCCUGUCCUUUCUGUCCACAGCAUCUUGUCAACCUAAAAAAGAUCAAGCCUCCUCCACUCUAUCCUGGAACUGUCUUAGUGGAUAAUCACUUCACCUACCACCUUCUUGAUUUGAAGGAUAAAAAAACAGAAAUGCCAAAAGCAGUCAUGCGCCCACAGCGCUGGUUCAAGCAGGACUCAGGCUGUGCCUGCAGAUUUUACACUCUUAGCUGUGUUUAUGUCCUGUGCGUAGCACUGUGGCUUUCACUGGGUACUUGUCAGCGAUCUGAACCCAGCGCCAAACACCCGAUUGUCAGCACAAACUAUGGAAAGUUGCGUGGACUCAAAAAGGAACUGAAUAAUGAAAUAUUGGGUCCUGUGGAGCAGUAUCUGGGUGUGCCCUAUGCCACACCGCCCAUUGGAGACCGCAGGUUUCAGCCUCCAGAGGCACCUGGCUCGUGGCCUGAAGUGCGCAACGCUACCCAGUUCGCACCCGUGUGCCCACAAAACCUCCACGGCGUGCUGCCUGAGAUAAUGCUGCCUGUGUGGUUUACUGACAGCCUGGAUGUGGCGGCUACUUACAUUCAGAACCAGAGUGAGGACUGCCUCUAUCUGAAUGUCUACGUGCCCACCGAGGACGGUCCACUCACAAAAAAACAUGAUGAAUCUACAAUGAACCGGCCACGAGACGAAGAUAUUCGCGACCGGAGGAAGAAACCUGUCAUGCUGUUCAUUCAUGGCGGCUCGUACAUGGAAGGAACCGGAAACAUGUUUGACGCAAGCGUGCUGGCAGCUUACGGCAAUGUCAUUGUGGUGACCAUGAACUAUAGACUGGGAGUGCUAGGGUUUCUCAGUACUGGAGAUCAGUCUGCUAAAGGGAACUAUGGGCUCCUGGACCAGAUACAAGCUUUGCGCUGGUUGAAUGAGAAUAUUGGCCACUUUGGAGGUGAUCCAGAGCGCAUCACCAUCUUUGGCUCAGGAGCUGGAGCCACAUGCAUCAACCUGCUAAUCCUCUCCCAUCACUCUGAGGGCCUCUUCCAGAGAGCUAUUGCCCAGAGCGGUUCAGCCAUCUCCAGCUGGUCCAUCAACUAUCAGCCACUAAAGUACACCAAAAUCCUGGCGCGUAAGGUCGGCUGCUCAUACAGUGAGACUGCUGAUCUGGUGGACUGCCUGAGGAGAAAAAGCUUCAGGGAGCUAGUGGAUCAGGAUAUACAACCUGCACGCUAUCAUGUUGCCUUCGGCCCUGUGGUAGAUGGAGAUGUGGUGCCUGAUGACCCGGAGAUUCUCAUGCAACAGGGGGAGUUCCUGAAUUAUGACCUUUUGAUUGGCGUGAACCAGGGAGAGGGGCUGAAGUUUGUGGAUGAUGGUGGUUCAGAAAGUGAGGAGGGAAUUUCAGCUGCAGCCUUCGAUUACACUAUCUCCAACUUUGUGGACAAUCUCUAUGGAUAUCCUGAAGGUAAAGACAUUUUGAGGGAGACCAUCAAAUUUAUGUACACAGACUGGGCAGAUCGUGAUAAUGGUGAAAUGCGGCGUAAGACCCUGCUGGCAUUAUUCACAGACCACCAGUGGGUGGCUCCAGCUGUGGCUACUGCCAAGCUGCAUGCAGAUUACCAGUCCCCGGUAUAUUUCUACACAUUUUAUCAUCACUGCCAGACAGAGACACGGCCUGAGUGGGCCGAUGCUGCGCAUGGGGAUGAGAUCCCGUACGUGUUUGGUGUCCCCAUGAUUGGAGCAACAGACCUGUUCCCGUGCAACUUUUCCAAGAAUGAUGUCAUGCUCAGUGCAGUGGUCAUGACAUACUGGACCAACUUUGCCAAAACUGGGGAUCCUAACCUGCCAGUCCCCCAGGACACCAAGUUCAUCCAUACAAAGCCAAACCGCUUUGAGGAGGUCAUCUGGACCAAGUUCAACUCUAAGGACAAGCAGUACCUGCAUAUUGGCCUUAAGCCACGUAUCCGUGACAACUACCGUGCCAACAAAGUAGCCUUCUGGUUGGAGCUGGUGCCUCACCUACACAACCUGCAUGAAGAACUUCCGUUCCUGACCACCCGCCUGCCCCCACGACCUCCACACUGGAAGAGCCCUGAUGCACAUGCGACACGACCACCGUACCCCACCUUCCCUCCAGAUCCAGAUCCUGAGGGCUCAGAGAGGCCACGUUUUUCUCCAUUUCCGAGUGAUGCACGUGAUUACUCCACCGAGUUGAGUGUCACAGUGGCAGUGGGUGCAUCUCUGCUGUUCCUCAAUAUCCUCGCAUUUGCUGCACUCUACUACAAACGAGACCGGCGGCAUGAAUCACGGCGUCACCGCCUAUCCCCACAGCGUGGCGUACCAGCCAAUGACCUGGCGCACAGCCAAGAGGAGGAGCUCAUGUCUUUGCAGUUGAAGCGAUCUGAGCAGCGGGACAUAGAGCCACUGCGACCAGCAUGCCCACCGGACUACACUUUGGCACUACGGCGGGCACCAGAUGAUGUUCCUCUUAUGACUCCCAACACCAUCACCAUGAUACCUAGCAGCAUUGCAGGCAUGCAGCAGCUCCACGCCUUCAGCGCCUUUCCUUCCACCACCAGCCACAACAACACACUGCCUCACCAGCACUCCACCACCCGUGUGGCAGAUGGACCCUUCAAGAUGCCAAUGUGAUCAAGGCAGACGAAAAAAGCCUAGACGUUCAACACAAUGAGGAUACAUCAGUCAUUUUGAGGCUUGCUUAGCUUUCUUUUUUAUCACUGUAUAGCCUGAUUGUACUGUACAUGCACUGACCUUCUCUUGAAAUUAGAUAAGGAAGGUGUGACACACAAAACCCACAGACCCACAGAAUUAUGGAAUAUAAUUUAUUUCUCCAUUAUUUUUUACUACUAUAUAAUUUUUUGUCUCAUUCUGAGUUCUGGGAGUGAAAGGGUGGCGAUAUACACUUUUGUCUACAAGCUUAUAUGUGGAAGAACUUAUUGACUGCUGCUGUAGCUAAAUGAGACUGAAGUGUGAAACAGCACAGUGCAUUGUAACAUAUAGAAAUGUCCAUAGCAUUGCCUGAAUAGCAUACUGGUGCUCCUGUAUGCUGGACAACAUAUUGGAUUCAGUUCAUAUUGGAUUUGAACUUAGAGGCACACAAAACCAUCAAUACAUAAAUAACAGACUGUUUCAUGGGAAAAACAACUGUGAAUAAUGAUUCAGAGUUUUACUUGUUGGACCGCUCUGCCCAUGUGAUCACUAUUUGUGGUAGGAAGCAUGGCCAACCUUAACAAAUCAUACCAGAGUGGAAAUGGACAUGAGGUAUACAAAAAACACUUUAUUUCUGAGUUCUUCUUAUGCUGAACCACUAGAGGGCGACAUUGUGAACGAUGGAGACUUUCUUCUCCUAAUGAAGCUCCGGGUUGUCAGAAAGCAUAUACUAAGCAAAGAUCAUAUACAGAGAAGAAGACUUAACUGUACAUUUUUCAGUGUAAGAAAAAAAAAACAACAAAAAUAUUUGUAAAUAUUCUGUUUAUUGUUUGUUUGUUUUAUGAGUGAAUGAAAUGCUUACUUUUUUGAACAGGACAACAGGUUCAAGUUUUAUUCAGCUACCACAGAGAUCAGCAUAUAAAUCUUUUUUCUGGUCUUUAUUCAGUUUAAAGAUUUAAAGAAUUUACAAGCAACAGGAAGGUUGUCUGCUCUUUAGAAAGAACCAAACUGUCCAACCCCUAACAAUCUUAUUCUGGCUGAUUAUUCAGUAAGUUAUAGUCACUGGUUUCAGUCACUGUGUGUAAUGGAGGAUAGUAUGAAGUCCUCUUGUUCUUGGGCCUCUUACAGUAGCAUUUAAACUAAAAAGCAGCAUGGGGAAUGUGUAAGAUUGCCUUCAUUCCAUUAAAAAACCGAAUGUGUGUUACCACUGCUUUAAGCACUGGCCAGCUUUUGUUCAUCUCAUUUUAGAGACACUCAUCUUUAUAAAUUAAUAAACCUUACUGUUUUCCUUUUCAAAAGCAACUGCAGGAUUUUUACCAUAUUUCUGAUUUGGUAAAUAUAUUACUAUUUGGUAAAUAAUUUAAUUUUCUACAUUAAUAAACUUGGCAGCCUUAUGUUUUAAAAAAUGGGGGAGACAAAAGAAGCACAUAAAUUCCCAUUUGGGAAAACUCUUUCUGAUGAUUAAAUCUGCUGUGUACCAGACCUGUGCCUGUUGUCUUGUUCUUACUUUCUUUGUUGAAAAUCAGAAACCUGAUAAGAUGAAAAAAGUGUGUUAAUAAUGGACUUAAAAUGAUUAUUAUAGAUGAUUAUUUAAAAAAAGAAAGAAAGAAAAUAUAUAAAUAAGGAGAUGAUAUUUCUGUUUGAUUUAGAAAUUAUUCCAUACUGUAUGCUGUGACUCUGAUCUGGGAAACAUUAAAU